GUAAAUUGCCACUGAACGUUAUAGUAUUUUCCGCUAGCAUACGAUUUGCCUUGAUUGCAGAACAAUUUCCCAUUGAUCGGAGGGUAUUGAUCCCAGCAGGGUUUGUGACUUCAUUGACGCGUACACAACCAGGUGAGCGUGAACGUCUUCUUCCGACCAACUCCAUAUUACUCAAGACUUCAUCGCCCAGAGUUUGACUCGGGAGCUUUAUUCAUUGGCGCUGCUGUCCCCCCUGAGAGAGAGGGCUCUUGUCUUCAAGACCAUGGGACCACGUGCGCGCCAACCACGUGCUCUCAAGAGGAAGGCGAAGACGGGAGGCGAACAGGAUACGAAGCAAUCGGCGGUCUCUACGAAGCCCGCAAAAGCUCAAAGUAAGGCUAGGUCAAGAGUUACCAAGAGGCCUCAAAAGAAGCAGACGGUACCACAAGCUACACAUACAGACAAUGUCGACGAUGCCGACCCGGAUCUUGACGGCGGAGUUCCGUUGCCAGCCUCGUCGGCUACUGGUCUGGCGUCUACAAAACAGCGAGCGUUGAGCAACCACGAGGUUCCUGCGACAUCGGGGUCGAGAUCUAUUCCCUGCAUUCGAAGCGAUGAGCCGGGGUCUGCACGGCCGCCGGACCUGAUCUUCACACAUGGUGCCGGAGGAGGUCUGUCGGCUCCCGCGCUCGUGAAUUUCGCCCAGGGUUUCGCGAAUGCCGGAUCGAAGAUCGUCUGUUUCCAGGGAAACAUGAACCUCAAAUCGCGGACAAAGAUGUUCAGUACGGUACUGGAUUACGAGAAGCAAAAGAAUGAAACGAGCAAGUCCAAAGUCGCGUUCGGUGGACGAAGCAUGGGUUCUAGAGCCGCCGUUCUCGCAGCACAAGAGGACAAAGAUGUGCAGAUGCUCAUUCUGGUGUCUUAUCCGCUGACGGGCCCGAAUGGAGAUGUGAGGGAUCAAAUUCUGUUGGACAUCGACCCGGGCGUGGAUGUCUUAUUUAUCUCGGGCGACAGGGAUAGCAUGUGCGAUGUCAAGAAAUUGGAACAUGUCAGAGGGAAAAUGGAGGCGAGGAGUUGGAUGGCUGUCGUGCAAGGGGCGGAUCACGGUAUGAACGUCAAGGGAGGGAAGAAGCGAACGGAAACCAUAGGACAUGAGACCGGCAAGCUCGCGGCUGGGUGGAUUGCUCAGAGAGAUGCGACGAUGACGGAGAUGAGUGUGAGUUGGGACAAUGGCACGGAGAGCGUCGUCGGGAGUGGGAUUUGGGUACAACGUGGUGGACAGGAAAUCGGUCAGAGUCAAGAAGAGCCACGAGGGAGGCAGGAGGGUGGUGGAAAGAAAGGAGUGAAGAGACGACGUAACGAAUGAACGUAAGAAAAUUGUCUCAGGAUCUUAAACCCUCGGGCUCCGAGCACUAACAGGCUUUGUUAUUUUAUAUAGCAACUCCUGACCUGGAAAUUGAGCACGAUAUUAUGGAGGCUAUGACAGUUCAGUGUUCACCAGCGCAGAAAAUAAUGAUUGAUCUCUGCUUAAUCAGGC